UUCAUGGAGCAUGGCGGAGAUGGAGACUCAGGACGUGGCCGAGCCUGUGUUCCCCGGGGAGAUGACGAAGAGCGGCGCCCGGCCGACCGAUCGCCAUGGCUUGCUGCAGCACAGCCGCGAGUUCUUGGAUUUCUUUUGGGACAUUGCGAAGCCGCAGCAGGAGACGCGGCUUGAGGCCACAGAGAAGCUGCUGGAGUAUCUGCGCACACGGCCAGAGGGAUCCGAGAUGAAAUACGCACUGAAGCGCCUAAUCACUGGGCUCGGGAUCAGCCGAGAAACCGCCCGGCCCUGCUACAGUCUGGCUCUGGCACAACUGUUACAGUCUUUCGAGGACAUCCCCCUGUGCAGCGUCCUACAGCAGAUUCAAGAAACACAUGACCUGCAGAAUGUGAAGAAAGCGCUGAUGAGACCCGCUCUCUUCGCAAACCUGUUUGGGGUGCUGGCACUCUUCCAGUCAGGCCGGCUGGUGAAGGACCAGGAGGCUCUGAUGAAGUCAGUGAAGCUGCUGCAGAUCCUAGCCCAGCACCACAACCAUUUGCAAGAGCAGCCCCAGAAGGCUCUCGUGGAUAUCCUCUCUGAGGUCCCAGAGGCCACGCUGAAGGAGAUUCUGCCAAAGGUGCUGAAGGCUGACUUGAAUGCGGUACUCAGCUCCCCCGAGCACCUGGAGCUCUUCCUCUUGGCCCAGCAGAAGGUGCCUGCGAAGCUUGAGAAGCUUCUGGGACCAGUCAACCUGUUCUCAGAUGAGAAUCUUCCCAGGCUGGUGAACGUGCUGAAGGUAGCUGCCGCCUCUGUGAAGAAGGAGCACAAGCUGCCCACUGUGGCUCUGGACCUGCUCCGCCUGGCGCUCCAGGAGGGCCAGUUCCCACAGUUCUGGAAGGAGGUGGUGGAGCAAGGGUUGCUGAAGAAGCAGUUCUGGCCGGCCAGCUACCUGUGUUUCCGCCUGCUGGGCGCAGCCCUGCCCUUGCUGUCCAAGGAGCAGCUACAGCUGGUGAUGCGGGGAGACGUGAUCCGCCAAUACGGGGAGCACCUGAUCACAGCUAAGCUCCCAGACCGGUUCAAGUUUGCCCCGGAGAUGGACGAGUAUGUGGGCACCUUCCUGGCAGGCUGCAGGGACGACCCUGAGCAGCAGCUGGCCCUGCUGGUGGCCUUCUCAUCCCUCACCAACCAAGGCCACCCGGUCGUGCCCACCUUCUGGCGGGUUGUGCGGUUACUGAGCCCCCGCGCCCUCGUGGACUACGUGGCCUGGCUGCGGAACAUGUUCCUCCAGCCCGACCUGGACUCCUUGGUCGACUUCAGCACCCACAACCAGAAGAAAAGCCAGGACGUCUCACUACAUGUUCCUGAGCGAUCUGUGUUCCGGCUUCGGAAGUGGAUCAUCCUCCGCCUGGUCAGCAUCGUGGAGGACUCUCAGGUGGAGAAGGAGGAGGCCUUGAUCGAGGAGGUGGCCAGGUUCUGUUUGUUCCACUCAUUCUUUGAAACAAAGAAGCCCACAUCCCAAAUCCCAGAGACUGGGCAGCGGCUCUCCUUCCCUUUGGACAGCCGGGCACGAGAGGUCGUCAGCAAUGCUUUCUUCAGUCUGCUGCAGGUACUUGGCAUGCCCUCCAGGCAGGCACCAGCCCAGACCCAGGACGGGAAGCCCUGGUCCCACCGCCUGGUACAGUUUGCCGGCGCGCUGCUGAACCACGGCCGCAAUGUGACCGCCGUGACAGCCUUCACCCCACAGCAGCGCCUGGCCUGGGACCGGAUGCUGCAGACUCUGAAGGAACUGGAGGCCCAAUCCUCGGACGUCAAGGUCACUGCCUUCCAGCACCUGCUGCUCCUGGUGGGAAUCCACCUUUUCAAGUUCCCUGCAGAGAGCUGUGACCUUCUGGGCGACAUCCAGACUUGCAUCCAGAGGAGCCUGGAGGGGAAAACUCGCCGGACCCGCUCCAAGGCCAUCAGCUCCCAGGAACCCCCGUGGGUGGAAGUGCUGGUGGAGGUCCUGCUGGCCCUGCUGGCCCAGCCUAGCCACCUGAUGCGCCAGGUGGCGCGGAGCGUGUUUGGCCACAUCUGCUCUCACCUGACUCCACAGGCCCUGCAGCUAAUCCUGGAUGUGCUGAACCCUGAGAAGAGCCAGGACGAGGACGACAACGUGGUGGUAACAGAUGAUUCUGAUGAGAAGGAGCUGGAGAACGCAGAGGGCCAGAGCCCAGGCGCUUCAGACGGUGAGGACAAGGAGGAGGAGGAGAAGGAGGAGAGGGAGAGCAGUGAGGGGAGCGACCAGGACGAGGAGAGUGACGAGGAGGCCCGCGAUGGGGACGUGGACCAGGGCUUCCGGGAGCGGCUGAUGGAAGUGCUGCAGGCAGGGAAGGCACUGGGUGGGGUGGACAGCGAGGAGGAAGAGGAGGAGCUGGGAGAUGAGGCCAUGAUGGCCCUGGACCAGAACCUCGCCAGCCUCUUCGCCGAGCAGAAGCUGCGCAUCCAGGCCCGGAAAGACGAGAAGAACAAGCUGCAGAGGGAGAAGGUGCUGCGGCGGGACUUCCAGAUCAGGGUGCUGGACCUGAUCGAGGUGCUGGUGACAAGGCAGCCCGAGCACCCACUGGUCCUGGAGCUGCUCGAGCCGCUGCUGACCAUCAUUCGCCGCAGCAUGCGCACCAGCAGCACCAAGCAGGAGCAGGACCUCCUCCACAAGACUGCCCGCAUCUUCACGCACCACCUGUGCCGCGCCCGGCAUUACUGCCGGGACUUGGGCAGCCAGGUGGAGAUGCUGCACGCCCAGGUGGAGCGGCUGGUGCAGCAGGCCGGCCACCAGGCAGACUCCUCCAUCGCCCUCUACCACUUCAACGCAUCCCUCUACCUGCUCCGCGUCUUGAAGGGCAACACUGCUGACAGCUUGACCCUCAAGACCCCAAAGAAACAGAAGGCCGGCGGUGGCACCAGCUCCAAGCCCAACGGUCCAGAGACUACCAGCUGCUUGGACUUGAACCUCAUGACCCCUGUGUACUCAUCAGCUCUGAGCUCCUUCCUGACCAAGCGCAACAGCCCACUCACUGUGCCCAUGUUCCUGAGCCUCUUCACCCGGCACCCGGUACUGUGUAAGAACCUGCUUCCCGUCAUGGUCCAGCACAUGACAGGCCCAGCGCGGCCCCGCCAGCAGGCCCAGGCCUGCCUGCUGCUACAGAAGGCCUUGUCCAUGCGGGAGGUGAGGCUGUGCUUUGAGGACCCUGAAUGGGAAAAGCUGAUUGGCCAGGUCCUGCCAGAGGUCACCGAGAACUUGCAGACACUGGGGAAGGCUCAGGCCAAGUCGGAGCAGCAGAAGGAGCUGUCCUCCUUGGAGCUACUCAUCACACUUCUCAGGGCUGUGCAUCGCCAGCAUCUGACCGUGGACCUGACCACUGUGCUGGGCACGCUGCGGGGCCUCCAGUCCAGCCUGCAGCAGAGCCUGCAGCAGGGGGAGCACUCGGCCGGCUCCAGCCGCCUCUACGACCUCUACUGGCAGGCCCUGAAUCUCCUGGGAGUCCGGCGCCCCAAGUCAGAGAAGAAAGAGGCGAAGGAAAUCCCCAGUGCCCCCCAGAACCCCAUUAGCAUGAAGCGGAAGAAGAAGGGGUUCCUGCCAGAGACCAAGAAACGCAAGAAGCGCAAGCCGGAGGAAAGCACAGAGCCAGAAGCUAGGCCCGCAGCCCCCAGUGGGGAGCAGCCCCCCAGCUCGGGCAAGAGGAAGAGGAGGAAGAGGACAAAGUCCAAGGUCCCAGCCCAAUCCCAGGUGAAUGGGGGGCCUGCUGCCAAGACCCCUGCCACCGACACCCCCACCACAGGCCCCAGCACCCCAGCCAUCCCCGCCUCAGGCCCCAGCAUCCUGGCCAUCCCUGCCACGGGCCCCAGCACCCUGGCCAUCUCUGCCACGGGCCCCAGCACCCCAGCCACCCCCGCCACCAGCCCCAGCACCCCUGCUAAGACCCCCAAGCUUCGGAAGAAACAGCAGAAGCAGUCCCAGGUGAAUGGCGCCACGCCUGCAGCCACCAAGGAGCCUACUGAUAAAAAGCAGGGUCAGGAGCAUCUUCCCAGAAAGGGGAGCUUGGGCAAGUCACCCCAGUCCACCCUACCACAGAAAAGGUCAAGGCUGUCUUUGGCCAACGGGAGCCCCAGCCCCCUUCAGAGUAGGGCCAAGAAAAAAAAAGCACAGGUGGAAAAGGGGCAAAAGCCCUGAACGCAGGCCCUGCACCUCAGCCCCCACCUCCGUCAACCCUAGAGACUCCUAUUUUUUCACCAUAAUUUUAAUAAACAAGCUGCCAUCUAA